GCUGGUCUUUGCUGCUCCUGUGUUGUGUUGUGUGUGUGUGACUAACUAACUGUGCAUGUGUUGCACGUGUGAGUGAGCGAGCGAGCGGUUGUGCGUUUUGCCGUCAUUUCUCCUCGUCAUCGUGCUUGGUUCCCUGCUUUUGUGGAGGAGGGGUCACCGUCACUACUAAAACAGAGCACCACAAGCACCACUUAUUGAGCUCGGUACUACCUGCUACUACGUACCUACCUUGGAGGUAUUGUAUCUGCGAGCUCCUGUUCCGCUCCAGCUCGCCCAACCUCGCCGCAACUUCUCGGCAACAAACGACGAAGCUCUCUCCGCCCAACUGCCUCGCUCAACCCGCCAGUCCUUGUCAUAUACUACGGCAGCUGCAGGCAGACGGCACGGGCAAUCUUGUCGACCUCCCUGCACGCAAUUACUCACGUAAUACCCCUGCUGCUGGCGAACCGGUACAGAAGCAGCGCAGACUAGGCGCGACGACGUGGGGCGCCAGGGCCCUCCUCCAACAAACCGUUGUCUCAACAUUACGCUCUGCGUCGUAGCGUACUGCUUCGGAUCGCUUAGUACUGCAUAGAAGGAGCAGGUCAAGCAAAGCAGUCGCUUUGCCGUCAACGGCCCGCAUCGACAGCUGCUGCCGCCGGCGCUGGCCACAUGGAGGCCCUCGACGAAAAGCAGCGGCUGGCUAGCCAGGACGGCAGCCCACCGCAGACGACGCCAUUGUUGCCCCGCGCCCCCCUCGACGACGACGGCACCGAGGCCCUCGUCACCGACGGCUUCCAGCUGCCGAACCUCGACGUCGACCCCUCGCAGGAGGAGCCCCCCGCAUACGGCGAAAACCCAGAUCAGGUUCACUUCAACCAACCUGGCUUCGAGGCCGGUGCCCAAGUCACGGAUGAUGGCCGAGUCAACAUCAACAUCAACACCAAAAACCGGCGCCUGGCAGACCUGCUCCAGCCCACCCUUGACAGUCAAAUCUCCGUGGAGCCCCAGCCUGCGCUCCCUCCCGCCUACAUCCCGCCCAGCCUCGGAGGUGAACCCGGCAAGGCUCCUCCCCCGCGCCUCAACGUGGUCGUCCAGAUCGUCGGCUCCCGCGGCGACGUCCAGCCCUUUGUCGCUCUCGGCAAGGUCCUCAAGGACACGUACGGCCACCGCGUCCGCAUCGCCACGCAUGCCACCUUCCAAACCUUUGUCGAGGAAAACGGUCUCGAGUUCUUCAACAUAGGGGGUGACCCCGCCGAGCUCAUGGCCUUCAUGGUCAGGUACCCUGGCCUGAUGCCGGGUUUCGACGCGGUAAAGAGCGGCGAGGUCAGCAAGCGCAGGCGCGGCAUACAAGAGAUGCUGCUCGGCUGCUGGAGAUCUUGCAUCGAGUCGGGAGACGGUCUUGGCCCGCCGCCGAAACCGCACGCCCGCGGCGAACCGCUUGACCUCUCCCAAGGCUUGCCUGGCGACGAGACCCGAGAGCCUUUUGUUGCCGAUGCCAUCAUUGCAAACCCGCCCAGUUUCGCGCACAUCCACGUUGCAGAGAAGCUGGGGAUCCCCCUGCACAUGAUGUUUACCAUGCCUUGGUCUCCGACGCGAGCCUUUCCCCACCCGCUCGCCAAUAUCCAAUCUUCCAACGCAGACGAUGUCAUGACCAACUACAUGACCUACACCCUCGUCGAAAUGAUGACCUGGCAGGGCCUUGGCGAUGUCAUCAACCGAUUUCGAGAAAAGGCCCUGGACCUCGCUCCGCUAUCUUUCAUCUGGGCACCUGGCCUCCUGACCCGCCUCAAAGUCCCCUAUACCUAUUGUUGGUCACCGUCACUCAUCUCCAAACCGAACGACUGGGGCAGGAACAUCGACAUCUCCGGCUUCUAUUUCCUCAACCUUGCGUCCUCCUAUACCCCGGACCCCGAGUUGGCUGCCUUCCUCGCAGCCGGCCCUCCGCCUGUCUACAUUGGGUUCGGAUCAAUCGUGGUCGACGACCCCAACGCCAUGACCCGCAUGAUAUUCGACGCAAUCCAUCUAGCCGGCGUCCGGGCCCUGGUGUCCAAGGGUUGGGGUGGGCUAGGUGCGGAUGACGUCGGUAUCCCAGAGGGCGUCUUUAUGCUCGGCAACGUGCCCCACGACUGGUUAUUCCAGCAUGUAUCAUGCGUGGUACACCACGGAGGAGCUGGCACCACCGCUGCUGGUAUCAAGGCCGGAAAGCCGACGCUUGUCGUUCCAUUUUUCGGCGACCAGCCCUUCUGGGGCGCCAUGAUAGCCAGGGCCAAGGCUGGACAUGACCCGAUUCCCUAUAAGGACCUGACGGCCGAGAAUCUGGCCGAAGCCAUCAAGUUCUGCCUUCGGCCAGAGACUCUUGAUCAGGCAAAGAUGCUUGGAGAGAAAAUUCGCGAGGAACGAGGCACCGAAGUCGGGGGCAAGAGCUUUCAUGCCCAUCUGGACAUGGAUUCGCUGCGAUGCUCCGUGGCGCCCAGCAGAGCGGCAGCUUGGCGUGUUAGGAGAACCAAGUUCCGCCUUUCGCCCCUGGCGGCGGCUGUUCUCGUCGAAGAGGGCCUCCUCCAGUACUCCGAUGUCAAGCUUUACCGGGCCUUCGAGUACAAUACAGAAGACCAGCCACCUGAUCCGAUCUCAGCCGGAGCCUGUUCUCUCGUCGGCGACCUCACCAGCAUCGGCAUGGCUGUCGCCGACAUGCCGCGCGAAAUUUUCAGAACUCGUCAGCGCGUCAGCGAGGGUCAGAGCACCCAGCCAUCUCUCGUUGGCGGCUCCAGCAAGCAGACGCUGACCGCGAGUGACACAACGUCGAGAGUCGAAUCUAACACAGAUGCCCACGGCAUCGCGCCCCUGAUUCGCGCGGCCCCCAGCGCAAGCACGAGUAGCGUCAACCUUCCCGAGCUCCCAACAUCGCCCAGCGUGUCGCAGCAGUCUCUCCCGGACUCGUCCAUCAUGACAACAAUCGAGUCAGAACAGAGGGCCUCUGGGGAAGGCCCCCGGUCCAGAUCCUCGAGCGGCCAGCUGCGGCAAGCGUUUUCUCGCAGAGAUUCUUCGCCGAUGGGAAUGAGCAUUGGGGCCGCAGUGGGUGCUGGUCGGGGCGUUGGUCGUGCAGUUUCCACGGGUGUCAAGUCGCCCAUGAACUUCUGCCUCGGCCUGGCCAAAGGUUUCAGAAACAUGCCCAGGCUGUACAACGACGAUACCAUCCGGCCAAUCGAGAAGGUGACAGACCUCAGCAGCGGAAUCAAGAUUGCUGGCAAGGAACUCGGUUAUGGGUUCUUCGACGGCAUUGCUGGGCUGGUCACGCAGCCGCUUCGAGGUGCUGAGAAGGAUGGCGCUGGAGGCCUCGUCAAAGGUAUCGGCAAGGGCAUUGGAGGCUUGAUCACGAAGCCAGCCGCAGGUAUCUGGGGGGUUCCGGCGUACAUGAUGCAAGGGGUGCACGCUGAAGUGAACAAGAUGUUCGCAAAGAGCAUGCACGGCUACAUCAUAAAAUCAAGAAUGGUGCAGGGGCAGCGAGACCUAACCAACGCAACGCCAGAAGAAAGGGCGGACAUCGUCAGACGGUGGAACAACUCCAAGUUCGACCUCAAAAACUUCUACCUCUUGAAGAGAAAGGAAAGGGUUGCGGAGAAGGCGCCGGCCGAGACGGAAUUCGAAGCUCCAUCGGUGGUUUCGCCCUUCUCUCGCCCAAAGACGAGCUGGAUACACACUCGCCACAUGCCUGCCGAGGAAAGAAAGAGGCUGCAGGCCCAAAAGGGGCUUCUGAAGCGGGGCUAUGUCGACGCACCUGUUCCACAGCCGUCGAGCAGCAGCUCGAGCACCCGGCAGAGCCUCUCAGACGACGCAGAGUACGAGCAAGCCAUCCGCGCUUCGGUGCAGGAGACGUCGCACGGCAACGCGGAAGAGGAUGCCAUGAUAGAAGCAGCCAUCCGCGAAAGCGUCAGGGCUAUGCGGCAGCGCGGCGGCCUGCCCGAGACAGUCCCCGAGUUGCCGGAGAAGGACAUCGGCAACAACCCGACCAUCUUCGACGACGAAGAGUACCAGAUUACAGAUGAGGAGUACCAAUCGCUCAUCGAGAGGGCCAUUCAGCAGAGCUUGGCAAAUCACAUGUCCUACGCAUCCCUGCCGCAGGAGGAAGGCAUCGUUGAGCUCGAUGCCGUGACCACAAACCGCUCCACCGGCUCCGGUACGGGUAAUGCUGCGCCCUACCGAUCGACCGAGGAGGACGACGCCGAGCUGCUGCGGGCAAUUGAGGAGUCUAAGAGGCACGCGACGUUAACGCAGCCAGACGACGAGGAGGAACUGAAGCGCGCGAUUGAGGCGUCCAAGGAGCACCUGGAGCACGAGAAGUCGCAGCGGACGGAAGAGGAGAUUGUGCUCGAGUACGUCAAGAAGCAGAGCCUUGCUGAGGAAGAGUACCGGCGGCAGAGUGGAAAGGGCAAAGAAAGAGCAGAUGGGGAUGAGCAGGACGACGGCGAGGACGAGGAGCUUAAGAGGGCCCUCGAGGAGAGCCUGCGGAUGCACAGGGGAGACGAAUCGGGCCCUUCGGGGUCGAGGGUGCACCAAGACACGAAGCCAGAGGCAGAGCGAUGAUUGUUUUGCUUUCCGGUUGCUUCUUUUGCGCCUUUUGGAUAGACGAGUAUACGGGAUACCCAGCACGGAUGUAUACCGCUGCCCGACAUGAUGCAACAUAUAGCGGUGCCAUCAACAGCGGCCGACGAGCGCACAUGACAUUUAUUACCUGGGCCGCAAUGCCCGUUCGCUUUCCAAGUCCAGACUCAAACUCCAAAGCGACGCGCAAGGACAGUGAAGACAUGAGUAAUAACAAAAGGCCGCGACUUUCCAUAGCCAUAUGCGUGUCCUCCGUCACCCGCGCAACCCCCUGAGGAGGUCUUGAAGCUCCCGCUCCUCAGCCUUGACGUGCGUGUACCGCGCGUGCAGCAUCUCGCACAUGACGGUCGUGGACCAGACGUAGGCGAGGGCGUUUACCGCGAGCAACCCGACCCUGGGCCAUGGCUCCGCCGUUGCCGACGAAGACGCCGAGGCCGAAACCCGGCGUCGGCGAGAGCGGGAACGGUACUCGUAUAAGUCGCCGGCCAUGGACGAGGGAUGACAAGACACACCCCGACAUGUCGCCCACGAGGCCUCGGCACUGCCUAAACCCGCUCUCGGCCAGCACGAACAAGGCCGACUCAACAGCCCGGAUGAGCUGCCAGCUCAUUCGUUCCUAUUCUCAAGACAAUCAGCCACAUGAUGCUCAUAGUCGGCGUACGCACCCCGCCACGAUGACGAAACUGGGUCACGGAUGGGAGCCUCAGCCCGCGGCGCUGGCUAGUCCUUCCUAGACCAUGCACUUGACGGCACUUAAAAGGCGCGUGGCGGACGCGAAGACGAUAGGACAGGGCCGCGGCACAAAAGCAAGGGUCCUGCUUCGCGAAACGAGAACAUGUCGCCUUGCAGGAAUCGUGUGAUCGGUUGAGAAACAAGGAGGGUUAUAAUUACAAGAACGGAUCUGCGCACGCUCUUACACAAGGUCAUGUCCAAGUGCCCCAACAACCUGAGCCCACAACGCUCCCGCCAGCCAGUCCGUUGGGGGAGGGGCGUACAUCAUGGGCUCCCCGCGAACCUCUCGUUGCGAUAUCAAAUGCGUACCCCGAACGCCAAGCUGUCACGCGCGUCUUGCGACCAUCCGGCUCCGGAAAACUGCAGAGAACUGCAAGUAAAGAAAUGUGUUACAUCGACUGUCAGUCACCUGUGAUCCAUAGAUACCUCUGUGUCAUCAUGCGAUGCAAGUCUCGGACAGGAUCAGCCUCACGCGGCGAUCCUCGAACUUGAGCCGCGACGACGGCCCAAAAAAGGAACCCACCUACGAUAGUGUCGUGGCGGAACCUGCGG